GUUGUAAUUAUUCAUACUGACCACUGUCAUUUCCAAGCGCUGUUGUUCCGGAAAGUGUAUAAAUAUAUAUUCCUACUCUACGCUCAGCUGCACACAUCAAAAUGGCUUUCAGAGCAGCUUUGAGAAAUACGUCUGCUUUACCAGGUCUUCUCUCUCAAGUGUCAUCCUGCAAUCAUGGCAGAGUGUGUGCAUCUUCUCUGUUUGUUGUUGCACAACAGAGGAAUAAUUCCACAUCACCCAAAAUCACCGUGGAUUUCGACCAGAGUACAGGUGUGGCCGUGAUGCGUAUGAAGAGUCCGCCAGUCAACAGCCUCAGUUUGGACUUCCUCACAGAGUUUUGCAUCAGCGUAGAGAAGCUUGAGAUGGACAAGAGCUGCCGCGGCCUCAUCAUCACCUCGAGUUUACCCAAGGUGUUCUCGGCCGGACUGGACAUCAUGGAGAUGUAUGGGAGGAGUCCAGAGCGCUGUGCAGAGUUCUGGAAAAAUGUCCAGGAGAUGUGGCUAAAACUUUACAGCUCCAACAUGGUCACCAUAGCUGCUAUCAACGGCUCUAGUCCUGCUGGCGGCUGUCUGAUGUCGCUAACAUGCGAUUAUAGGAUUAUGGCAGACAACCCACGGUACACCAUCGGCCUUAAUGAGACUCAGCUUGGCAUAGUUGCACCUUUUUGGUUUAAGGACACCAUGGCUAAUACAGUGGGCCACCGGACCACUGAGUUGGCCCUGGCUCUGGGGCUGCUCUACAACCCAAAUGAGGCUCUGACGAUGGGAUUAGUGGACCAAAUAGUACCAGAAGAUAAGCUCAUGACCACUGCAGAGCAGGCCAUGGCCAAGUGGUUGGCCAUUCCUGACCACGCCAGACAGAUCACCAAGUCCAUGAUGAGGAAGCAGACCAUUGACAAGCUCACGGCCAAACGAGAGGCUGAUAUCCAAAACUUUGUGGGUUUCAUCACCAAAGACUCCAUCCAGAAGUCGCUCCGUGUGUAUCUUGAGAUGCUCAAAAAGAGGAAGGCUUAGUGAGAACGGGGAAGUAAUCAGUAACGUCAUUAGCCAGUGGCUUUUGUGCACUAUAGUUGUGAGUGUGAUAUCAUUAUUUGUUUUGCUGCAGGGGGCCCAUAUCAGUAUAUUGAAGGUCUGUUCAUAACAUCCAUAACAUGGUGGUAUGUACCCCUCUAGCAUGAAGGUAAUUAAGCUAGCUCAGCUCACACAAAGCCUUUUCUAACUUUUUGUAACAUAAUCACCAGAGCAUCACCAUUAAAGUGCCUGGCCUACCAACAAUGUAACCUUGGCAUUUUUUUUUUGCUAUGUGUAAUGCUGUCAUACUUGUUCUAGUGCUGUACAGUCGUUACUUCCUUACAGCCAUGAUGUGUUUAAUGCCAUUCUGAUACAGUGAGAAACUGUAACAGAUUACUGUUUUACUGAUACAAAUAAUGAUCAUCAGCUGAAGGAUAAACCCUGAUGGGGUUACUUUCUGGGACCACCAGCAAAGGGCAAAAAAACGCAAGUCAUCGAGAUGCCCAUAAAAUGGUGAUUUUUGACGCACGACUUUGAAAAGCUCCUACAAUUUCUCAUCAACAUUUGCAAUAAAAGGUACUUUUGUAAUCAUUAAUGCGAAUGUACUGAUGACUGGGUUUACGUUGAAACUGAUAGUAAUGUGUCAUCAGCGUCAUUAGACUUAAAGAGCACAACCUAAUUUGUCUGGCUCCAUGCUCCAUUUCAAAAGGUAAAAAAAGUGAUGUUCUAGAAUAAAAACUCUUGGAUUCUAUCAA